CAGGAACAAGAGAGCCGGCGUGCGUGGAGAAGAAAGAGCGACAAGUGUGAAGAGAGAGUGGAGAGAAGGGGAACGUGGGCACCCCACUACGCUGAUGGACCAUCAGGAUAUUUAACAGUAACCCAGGGGAGCGCACAGACACAGCAGUCCAUGCCUCUGCCUUGCAUUGAUGGGAAAUCAACUGGAUCGGAUCACCCACCUCAACUACAGCGAGCUGCCCACGGGGGAUCCGUCCGGGCUGGAGAAAGACGAGCUCCGGGUCGGUGUCGCCUACUUCUUCUCCGACGAAGAGGAGGAGGUGGAGGACCGCACUCCGUCUGACUGCGGCUACAGCAAGGACCAUAGCCCGACCGAGGAUGGACCCUUCACGGUCAGCGAGGUGGAGUACACAGCCUUCUGCUCACAGGAAUGCAUCUUCUCCAAACUCCGGGAGACCGAGGACUUGAACGUGUACUCGGGGAAAAGUUUGCUGAGUAUGUGCAAACCGGGGGACCUGGUGGAGCUGGUGGCCACUGCGCAACCGCCGCACUGGGUCAUCUACGAGCACUACGAUCAGGUCAUACAUCUGCACAAGGGGGAGAUCCGUAAAGACAGCCUGCUUGAGCUCUGCAGCGGGCGCCACGGGAGGAUAGUCAACAACCGCUACCGAUAUCGACCGCUGCCGCCGGAUCUGGUGAUGCAGAACGCAGUGGGACACUUGGGUCUGAACAGCGGGGAGAUCUGCUGGACCAACUCGGAAAGUUUUGCAGCCUGGUGUCGCUUUGGGAAACGGGAGUUCAAAGCCGGCGGGGAGGCGCAUUCGGCGGAGCAGCAGUAUUUUCUCAAAGUGCACCUGUCUGGCAGCGGCGUGCACACGCUGGUCUUUCGGAGCCUGGAGGACAUGAUCCGCGAGAGGAGACGCGUAGACGCAAGUGGAAUUCUCAAAGAGUUGUCUUUGGUUAACGGGAACAAGGAGUGAUGACAGAUUCUGUUUGAUAUCCUCCCCACCAUCCUCCACCACUCCAGACGCGCAUCCGUUUUUUUGGCGCACACGCAUACAAGCACACCGAGGACCUGUUGGGUUUGGACCGCACCACAUGGUGGCUUUUCCUUUAAAUACCGAGAGAGCGCAGCCAUAUAAACAGACAACGCCCCUCACUGUUUCCGAAACCCCAUUACCACAGAGCGCGUCUUAAACCGGACCUUUACGCGCCAGGCUGCGCCAAUAAGGGGGAAUGGAUUUCUUUCUUUGCGUGCUGCAGCAGACCAGACGGUGAGAACUGAAGGGGUCGACACCAGGGGUGGGUGUGGGGGGUGAACGAGAGGACCUGGGGUGAGAAGUCUCCCUUCUAUUUUUUUACUGUUAGCUUUAAGAACUGGACUGAGCAGAACAAACACGGAUCCAAACGUUGCCUAAACAAAGCAUUUGGCUUGUUCAAGCGCCCUCUUAUCGCCAUAUCAGAGUAUUGUUCUCCCACAAUGCUUCAUGUUGCUCCACAGCACUAUCAAAUGUAUUCAUUGAUUCUAUUCCCUUAUUUUUGUAUUUGAUUUAAGUGGCUUUAAACCUGACCUGCUUUUUGGAUUGAAAAUAAAUGGAGGUUUGAAAUAAGAAAACACAGUGGCUGUGGUUGCGAAGGUUGGUUGUUAUUUUGUUCACACUUUAAAGGCGAGGGUGGUCAUGGUUACCAGCUCAUCUCCCACUCACCAUCGGCUCCUGUACUUGCAGGGCUGUAUGAAUUAUUGAUGUUUCAGUGCCUCCUGACCUGCCUACAGCUAAAUAGACUUCAUAUAUCUGCAGCGCAUUUGAAGGCAAUAAAAUGGUCAUCUGCAUCAAGGUUUGAUGAAAAAUCCAUAUUGGAUCAAGGAGCGACAGCGUAAGGGCUGAGGUCUGAGAUCAAUGGGGAGAUCGAGGAUUUUGCCAGGGGACGUAUUUCUUCCAGGCAUUAUCUCGGGUCCGGCUCCAGGAUGGAUUUGUGUGUGUUGUUGAGAAAAGUAUGACACAAUAUUAUUCCUCGCUUCAUUAUGGAGUUGUUUUCCUUGAAAUGUUGGGCCUCUCACACAAGAAUGGGGUGGGGGGCUCUGAGAAUUUGCUAUUGAGCUCAACAUAACCACACUGACAUAUGCAGGAAACAUCAAAGGACAUCUGUCUGAUUACUAUUAUUUCUGAUAGCGACGUGAACGUGGCAGCGUUUCACUCCACACCCCUCAAGCGUGCACAUGCAACUCCAUUGUUAUGAGGCUGCAGCGCCGGCCACUACCCCACUGUGAUGUCCACUCAAAUAAUAGUGCCUUUGAACUUAUCCUUUGAAGUUUAAACAUCAUAAUCAUUGGAUUUAGAGCUAAUGUAACCAGUCAGCUCACCAUGAUAUUGAUGCUAACCUUCAAAAACAGGAUUGAAACUCAUGUUUUGUCUCUGUUGCCUACAGAAACAUGAUCUUUGCUCCAUUGUUCCCAAGAUUGUUUUGGGAUCCCAAAACAAUACUGAAGCUGAGAUUAAUGUAAAUAAUGGCUUUGGAUGCUUUGUUCAUAUUCUUGGUCGUCUGCAGAAGAUCAAAGUUUUUAUUUGAGAGGGAAACAGGGGAGACGCCUCUGAUUGUGGCUUCACACUGCUCAUGGCAAGCAUCUGCUGCACCAAUAGCAGGAGGAUCCAGGUCUGCAGUGGUCAGUACCUUCUUGAUGAACGCUGUUUCUUUUUUUUUUUUUAUUCCUCAUAACUUCACUGAACUUGCAGGCUGAGUUCAGCCUCUUGACUGAGUGACAUCACACAUCUGUUUGCACGUCGAACAAGUUCUUCCACUCUGCUGGGUUGUUGCGUCACUUGACAUUUACUCACCUGCACCAGGCUUUGUUUACAUGGUGAGCAACGUCAUGAAUCCGUUUUAAGUCAUAAAGAACAAAGGACAUAAUGCUGACAUCGUCAUAGCCGCUGUGCUUGAGCCGAACAUUCCAUCAGAU